AUGGAAAUAGCAUAUUCAUAAGUAAUUUAAAAGAAAUGCUUUAAGCACAAGAAUUAAAAUGUGAGUUUUCUCAAAAUAAACUCUGAAAUGAAUGAUUGCAAAUUAAUUUGCAGCUUAUGCUUAAAUAAGAUAGAAGGUAAAUUCCACAUAUUUGAUAUAAAUUAAAUCUUAAAUCAUGAUAAUGUUAUUCUUCCUUAUUGGCCUCUUACGAAAACUGAUAAUGAUUAAGAUGAAAUUCUUUAAAUAGUCUAAGAUUUAGAAUCUUAAGAAUAAUUAUCCAGAAUCUCUGAAAUGUUUAAAAAACUUAGAUCCACAUUUGAUUACGAAGUAGAAAAUCUGGAAAAAAGAUUUUUAAAUUUUAGAGUUGAUAAUAUUUUGUAGAAAUUUUAUUUAGGUUAUAAAUAAGCUGCACAAUUCGAAUAGCUAACUAAUCUUCUUAAAGAAGAGUUAGAUCAAAAAUCUCAAUAAUAAAAUGUUUCUGAAAAAUUGCAAAAAUUUAUCAAAAGUUAGAAUGAAAACAAUUAAGUAGAAAAUUUGUUUUAAGAUCUAAGGGAGUUUCAUAAAAAAUAAGAACUUAGUAUAGAUACAUUAAAUUAAAUAAAUAAAUAAUUAGCUUUUAUUUUUAAAAACCCUUUUGAAAUCAAAUAUCUUUAAGAACAAAUCACUUUAAAUAAUACUGAAACUUAAAGCCCAUAAGACACAAUAGAAUUGAGUUCACAAAUAUCAACUUAACUUAUAGAAGAGUACAAAUAAGAAUUAAAUAUUUUAAAAAAUGAAAAUAAUAAUUUACUCUAAAGUUUAAACGAUCUUUAAAGAAUAUGUGAUAGCAAUUAAAAAAGCUUUAAUAAUUUGAAAGAGGAAUAUUAAAAUGAAGGAAUAGCCCUAAUAAAUAAUAUAGAUUAUUAUUUUAAAAGCGAAAGUAUAAAAUUUAAUUUACAUGAUCACCCUCUAAUAUUAACAAGUGUUUGCUAAGGAAAUAAUAAAAGUGCUGCAUUUUGCAGUGCUUGUGGAAAGAAAGACAUUUUAUUUUCAUGGCAUUGCUAGUAAUGUAAAUAUGAUAUUUGCUAGAUUUGUAGUUCAAAAAAUAAAUUUCCUUAACAUAUGCAUGAACUUAAACUGACAACCAUACCUUAAAGAAAGUAUAAAGGAUAUACAUAGUGUGAUAUUUGUGAUGAUAAUCAUAUAAAUGUAUCAUGGCAUUGCAAUUAAUGUAAAUAUGAUAUGUGUUAAACAUGCAGUGAAAAAGAUUAAAUUUUUUUUCAAAGAACUGAAUAAAAUAUCGUAAACAAAAAUAUUUUUAUGAAUAACAUCAUGAGAAAUUUUCCUUUAGAUAUUCAUUAAUUAAAAUUAACUGAUAGUUCAUAAAGAAAUUAAGGAAUUAAUUCAUGUAAUAUUUGCAAUUAAAGAAUUAUAAAAUAUGCCUGGUACUGCUCUGAAUGUAAUAAUGAUAUUUGCUUAAGUUGCAGUGAAAAAUUCAAAAAAUUCCCUUAGCAUUGCCAUGAGCUUUUGUUUACUAAUAGUAGUUAAAGAAAAUACAUAUAUGGAGCUGGCUGUGAUAAUUGUCAAAAAGUUGAUUUAGAAUAUACAUGGCACUGCUCUUUAUGUCAGUAUGAUCUUUGUGAAAAAUGUUGUAAUUGA